UUUCUCUGCAACCGGCGUGGCCGCGUGGGAGUUGCCUUGUUAGACUACUACUUGAGUCUUGAAGUUGAACGCAAGCAACAAAGCAAGCAAAGCACUUUCGAAGCGACCCUCUCUCUCCGUCUCUGUGCCUAUCUGUGUUAAUCGCAAGAAGAAUAGAAGAUGCACAGGUCGUCAAGCGCUCCCAGAGUCUCCGAGGAGUUCUUCUCGCUACCUUCAUCGCAGUCUUCCUCAGACGCCGACCAACUACUUCCCACAUGCGAUCCCCUCUCCCACGUCGCCAAGAAAGAACGGUCCCGUCUCAGAUCCGCCGAGUCCGCCGUCCACGCCAUCCCUCUCGUUCUCCUGCUCUGCGCCAUCAUCCUCUGGUUCUUCUCCACCCCUGAAUUGAGGGCUUGAAGUUUGACAGCUAUGUCGUGGUUUUGCUCGUAUACUUGGAGCUGACGGACUUUGAUUCAACCAAACAAGUUUUACAACACCAGCCAACAACACUAUUUGAGAAGCCUACUGAGCGAGGUCAUUCAUAUUUGUAAGUGAGUUAUGUUUGGCAUUUUAUAUGAACAAAAAGAUAUUAAAUGUCGAAUUCUGUUAUUAUGAAAGCAGAGAGCAUGAUUUUCAAUAAAAUUCCUUUAAUUUUUGUGCGGUU